GCAGUGGUACCCGGAAGCAUUUACUUUCUGCAGGUCCGCGUGAGGUGAAGUCCAAAGUUUAAAAAAGGUGUCAGCACUCGGGAGACCACACGUUUCAAUCAGCUUCGACAUGUCUGAGUUGAGCAACCAGCUGCCCACAGAGCCCAUCUCUGCAGUUGGAGUAGUCACUUCACUCAACAAGGUCCCUGAUGGCUACUGUGUUGUUGCACAAACAACAGAUGGCUCUGACGCCGACCUGUGGAAGGACGGCUUAUUCAAAUCCAAGGUCACUCGCUACCUCUGUUUCACCAGAAAAACUGGGCCUGACGUUGUUGCGGAUAUGAAGGUGAUUGACAUUAAGGACGCGUUGCCAGAGGGCUUCACACCUGUGGAAGAAACCGUGGACACAAAGGAAACUGCCAUGAGGAAGAGGAGGCUCUGUGUGAAAAUGAGCCCUCGUGCGGCUGCUGUGACGGCUGUAUAUGACAUCCAGAUCAUUGCGAAGUCCAAGUACCAUCUUGUUAACUACACCUGUGUAGGUGAGAUAAAUAAUAUGGGAAUAUGGUAUCGAAAGGGUGAUGUUUCUCAGCACCAGUCGUCCCAGGAAAUGUCCAGUACAGCUUGCAGUGACGCACCACCCAACACAGCAAGCAGGAAGACCACGAGCAGGCCGGAUUAUGAGCACCAGAGCAGUGGGAACUACACCAUGACAGGGAGAAACUCAACUAUAGUACAAUGCUCCGGGACUAAAACAGAAGAAAGGCUAAUUCGUUAGGAAGCAGAGCUUAGCUAUGACAGCCUCAGAGCCACAGAGUCAGAGCCGGCUGAGACGCUCUAGCCUUAAAGAGCAUGUGAUCCACACGAGGCGAAUGAGGCAGGCGGGUUUUUAUCCAGCUGGAGAGAGACACCAUGUGGUGAGGAUUCCUCCUGCUGCUCAACAGAGGCACACCCAGGCUAUGGCCAUGUUACACCCUUCCUUAUUUAAUAUGAACCUGCCUAUUAAACAAUUGCCGAAGUGCACAUGAUAGAACUGCAUACAGAAACAAUCAAUUUGAAUUUUAACGUCACUUUUUUCUUUUUCUGUAUGCCCCCCCAAAAAAGCAAAGCAGAAUAAUUGACAAAAAAAAAUGAUUAAUACAUCAUUGUGUUGGUAUGACAGUCGUAUUAUAAGUUAGUCAAGACAACUGUGCAAAAUGUGGCCCUGAAGGAGUAGACAUUAACACACAGCUGAGUGGUUUGUGACACUGGGUGUGGGAUUCCUCCACUGGGACAGGGUUUGAGUGACAGUGAAGAACAUGCACAUACUGUACAGUAGGCUGCCAGCAGUCAUCAUUUAUCUCCAGAAAACUGUCCUUCACAGCUGUACAGACUCCCUCUUUCUUCUACCUUUAUGUGUCCCUUCCUGAGCUGGUGAGAUUUUAAAGAAAAGAGGAUAAUGGAGUUAGCCUGAGAUGGUUCUUGGCUUUAUUGCUAGAGACUGUGUACUCGUCAGCCUUUCAGCAUCACACUGUGAAUGUGAGAGAACGCAACUUUCCCUUCAUUAACAAUGUGAUAGCCUGCAGACCAAGUGUGAGGUCGUAGCCGACAGCCUAUUUGUGUUAAUUGUUAGCGGUGGUAGCUCUGGUGUGUAUGUGUGUGUGUGUGUGUGUGUGUGUGUGUGUGGGUGCAUGGGUGCUUGCGUGUGUACGCGUGUGUGUGUGUGGGCUGACAGCUGGCCAGGUUCGAGUUGGUCUAAAACCAUGUGCGCUCUGUCAGGGUUGUACAGGCGCCUUCUUUAGGAUUGAUGAAUUGCCUGCUUUCUUGAUUAAACCCUCCGUCACUUCCCAACAAAACAAAAACCCCACAAAAAAAAAGACCGAGUUGAGGGGAGGAGAGGUAACAUGUCUGGGAAAUCUGUCAUCUGCAGUCACAUCAUGUACAGAUGUGAUGUGCAGGCGCUUUGACGUUUAUUACCAGAAUAUUAAAAACUAAUUCACAUUUAUUUUGCAGCCCUUUUUCACUUGACAGUUCAAGCUCAUUUGAAAAGUUAUCAAGUUUUCAUCGCAGCCCCAACCUUUGCUUUUCUUCACCACGUUGCUUUGAUCCAUGCCAAGUCCCUUUGCCAAUUAGGUCUGCUAUUCAUACAUUGACAGAAAAGCAGGAUAUUUUAAAGGUAAUUAAACUUGCUCUCAUGAAAUGUGGCUAAAAGGUAUAUGUUUGAGAGAAAAUAAAUGUAAAUGUGUUGAAAAAAGUCUAAAACUGUGUGACGUGACGUGACACUGAGUCUGUUGCAUUGCAGUCCCUCUUCAUUACCUACAAAACAACAUAUAGUAUUCAGCAGACAUCCACCUGAUAAAAAAGGUAAACGUAAUAAAAAGUAAUACAUUUACAUAUCUACUGCAUUAAUCAAAAAUAAAUCCUGACAUUGGCCCUGAUCUAACGUAAUAUGGAGAGCAAUUAUUUCCCUAUCCAUUAGAAGAACUUCAAUUAACAGACACGAGACAGUUCAUCCUUCAGAGGAGGAGGAAAAAAAUAGGAGACUCAAAAUUAACUUGGGUUUGCAAAAUAUCUUGGCAGGAUGACAUUGAUUUUUGAUUUUCAGGAAACAAUAUUAGAAUUCUUAUUAAACUAUGUGCAUCUGCUUUUAAUUUGCUGCAAAUAAUUGGAAAAUGCAAUGGAGCUUUCCAAUUAAAGCUCCACUUUAUGCUGUUUAAUAAUACCCUCAUAAUAUUAUAGCUUAUGAAAUGACAGGUGAGUUGGUGUAUGAAUAAAACAUAAAGCCCUGUAAUAAGAGACAGAAAAAAAACCGAGACAGUUGUUGGGGGGCUUUUAAAUGCUCGACAUAAUUUGCAUAUAUUAAUCUCCUCUUUUCAGCCUUAUCAAGUAUUCCACUGUAUUUGAAGUUAAAAUAGUCGUGACAGGCAGGGGUACGCUUCGUUUUUCCAAGGAUUUAUUACUUGUAUAAUUCUGGAUCUUUAAUAAGCCAAUAUGACUGAUCCUCUGAGUUCUGUGGAAUUUGGUUAAUUGUUCCAGAUGGUGCUCACUGAUUAUGCAAAAUUACUUUCUUUCUCCUCUUUUUUCCCCCAACUACACCAUUUCUUGAUUGACUAACAUGGAGAAAAAAGAUUAUUUUUGGCGCAGCACUUUCAUUAAGAGGGUUCUCAUCAGGUUUCAAACAAAAGUUCCAUCUUAUCUCCCUGUGUGGUUCUGGGCGAGGCUGUGCAGAAGGAGGAGAUCAUCCGGCUCUUAUCUCAAACUGUGAUGGAUCUCAACUGCUUCGGCACCGCUGGGGUUAUAUUUUAAAAUAACACAAUUCUUUAGGCUGAGGGAUUAAAAAACAUGACCUCUGGAUAGUGACACAAAAGUUAUUAUUAGUGUACGCUGUUCUUUUCUUUCUCUUUUCUCCUCUCUUUUUCUCCCAGAGAUUGAUGAAAUUACUAAGCAACGGGGUUGGUCCUCCACUUGCAGCUCAUGCUCCAUCCACAACUCACUAACAUUCUGUUUUGCAUCAGCUAAACUGAGCUGAAUGAAUCAUUUAUAGAAGUGUUAUGGGGGAGUAUAGGGCAGAUUUACUGCCGAGCUUUUACUUUAGAUGGAAUGGGAUUUCUAUGAAACCGAUCUUGAUGUCUGAAGUAAUGCCAAAGCUUACAUCAAGACAUGAAAGGAACGCUCUUAAAACCCACGUUUUGCUUCUUAAUUCCCUUGGUCAGCAAAAGGCGAAAUAGGGAGAGCAGGGGGUUCAAUGUGAAAAUACUGUUUACACGUAAUGUACACUCACACACUCACACACUCACACACUCACACACACACACAUCUUCAAAUUGUUUACUACUCCCAGCAGUUAAUGAUAUAAAGGAGUGUUGAAUUUCCCCUUAAUAAUUUUUAAAAUUUUUAAUUCAGAUUUAAGUUUUAGCGCUUUCUGUAUUUUCCAGAUAGAAAUAGCAGCAUAGUUUCAAUGUUUUCAGGUGAAUACUGCAGAAGUGAAUUAAACAACUGGCCAAAAUACACUCUAGCAUGCUAUGAACAAAAAUCUAUGCAGAAAAGACAAAAACAAGAAGGUAAGAGAGAUGUUAGGAGAGUUAUCCAGAAUGGAGUGACAUCCAGUCACAUAUUGUUGCUGUGCAGAGGUCUGGAUGGGACAUGGAUGUAAUUCUCCCUAUUGUUUAAUUUUUUUCCCUGGAUCUGCAAGAAAUAUGACUCAUAAUCGUUUUCUAACUUCAACACAAGCUUCAUUUCUUUGUCGAGAAAAUAGUUUGGACAGUAUUUUAUCUUUAUCUUGGAAUAUGUUAAUUUGAUCACAUUUGUUCAGACAAAUAGUUUUUUGUGAUUCUGGAUUUGUGUGUUGUUGUUUUUGUUCAGAAAACUACAUUUAAAGUCAAAUAUUAAAAAAAACAACACUGCAGCCUAAUUUGUACAUCUCCUCGGUCAAAAUACACUGUUGGAUAUUAACAGGUAAAAUACCUUCUAAAUGAAAUCCUGUUGGUGUAUAUCCCACUUACAUGACAAAAAACCAAUUGGACUAUCAAGGUUAUUUUCAAAACAUGAUCGAUCCCAACGUGAUGGUGCCAUUAAGUAUUUGGGGGAUCAAUCCUGAAUGAAUCGUAAUGGAACUUCUGACUGGAGGCCCUCAGGCAUUUUUGGACCUUUAUUACAGUCAAAUAAGAGACUUCAAAUGGCUUUGCAUUUGCAGGCCAGACUGGACUCUGGAGUCUCAUCCCUCAUUGCUUUCUAUCCAUCCCUGAGAUAGAAGCAGUGCUCCAUUAGUUUCAGUGUCCAGACGUGGACAGCCUCAAUGGAUGGGCCUGUCACGGCUCCCUCAUUUGCCCCAUGUACAGCAGGGUUUGUUAUCACACAUCUAAUUAGAACUUGAUAAAAAAUAUUUCACAAAAAUCCAGUCAUUAAAUAUAGUUUAAGGAGAUUUAUGGUCAAAUAUGCCUUAAAGAUCUUUUAAUGGCUCUGCUGACUUGUUAAGUUUGUAAUUAAUGAUCUUCUAAUACAUACUGUGGUGUGAUUUAGAAAGCACAAUGAGAUUCUGGGAAUGAAGUCGUUUUGGAAAAGGGCAUCUGGGGCUCCCAGAAGCUAUAUUAAAUAGUUCUGCUCAGACUGGUUUGCUUAGAGCCAUGAAGUCUGCUGUGAAAAAGUUCAAACACAUCAGCCUCUUUACAUAGAUGAGGCCAUUUUUAUUUUAUUUAUAUAUAGGGUGGCUGAUUAUGAAACAGUUGGUUUGUCAUUUCAUAAUAGUCAAUUAGUGUGUACAGAAAAGUCCUGGGCUCCUCUGUAGCAGUAUUUUCAAAGUGUAUAGUGUUACAGUUUUAUUUAAGUAAUGGAAAAUAUCUCUUUAAAGUCCGCUAAUCCACACACAGUAAAACUAAUAAGCAAAUGCAUAUGUAUCAAACUGUAAACGCAUUAUACUAAUAACAGUCGGCUAUUUCAUCAGGAGAGUAAUGGUGUCCUUAUUAGCAUAAUUAAUGACAAAUGGCAGCGCAGCAUUGGUGGAUUGGUUCUAGGGGAUGAUAAAUUGGUGGAUGCCCAGGUUAGUGGCUGCCAAGGAGGCCUCUUUGGCUGUCAUCCCUCCUGCUUCCACUCUGGCACAGUUCAUUACUCACCGUGUGAGAUGCCACUUUACAUUGCCUGGUACUGUGAGCAUGGAGAACUUAAUAAUGCCACCCAUAACCACACAGGGCCUGCUGCUUUACCCACAGUCCAGAGGGCAAGUAACUCUGCGAGGGCUAGGGGUUGUGGGGAGCAGGGCGACUGGGGAGUCUUCUCCUGCAGCUGCACUGAUCAAAACAGAUCAUGCGUCAGUCACUACUUGAGGGGAUCCGGGGCCAUAUGACCCAGUCUCUAGUGCUGGUGAGUGUUUCUUGUUAGGAUUUCUAGGGCUCGCCACAUCCCUUGCAUCAUUACGGGUUAGUUUGCCCACAGAACCGCUAAUUAAGAGGGGAUUUGUGUAAUUGUGCCUUCUGCUGUGUCCCAUCCGGCACAUGCAAUUUACUGUCAGCCCUCUGCCAGCUUUUACACUUGUCCAGAGAGGCGUACCCCAUUUAUACACAUUCUGCUGCACAUUUACCAGCAGCCACAGCUGGGGAUCAAUGCCAGUGCCAUGGCAGUGUCUUAAAAGACACUGUGCUGCUGAUUAAAGUCUGAUUGUCCAUUUAAUUUCAUGAGAGCUCUCAAUAGCCAGCAGAAAGGGCUUUCCCAGUAAUUCUCCAGUACUGACUGAUUUUAAUGCAGUUAAUGCAGGUUUUGUAAAUUUAUCAAAUCACUGAAGAAUUUUGGUACUUACUUUACUUUAAAUAGUUCUUGCAUAUAUGCGUAACAUAUACAGUGUCGGCAGAAGUGUUGGAGAAAUUACCGCACAUAUACACACCUCCUCUGAGCGCUCGGUGUGAUGCAGCGGUGUUUGUAGCCAACUCACUGUAGGUGUUUCUGGCUCUGCCCACUUUCUGGAAGACUGAUGGACCAGCGCCCGACUGGGACUGCCUCCUGGCUCCCUACCCACAACCAGAUUUCAAGGACUGCUUGUCACAGAUGGAAAAGUAAGUGGGUCAUUCUACAUAAGCUUGCCAUUUUGCAUCCCUCUGGUUAAAAAUAAAUAAAUAAAUAAAAAAAAGUUGAAUUUUAAUGUUGGGCAACAAACUCAAGUCUAUUGUUAGUUUUAGAGAGUAUGUUCUCUUUUUCACUUUUGUAUUUGUAUUAUAAAACUUCAAUGAUCAACUAUAGUUAAAGCUAUAUGUUUUCAUGUGUAUUUAUAAAAUGUCUUAUCAAGUUAAUAUAUGGUAUUCUGUAAGAUAAUAUACCUUUACUAGCCAAAAUAAUAAAAAUGUAUUUAAAAAAUGUUCACCAAAGUGGACAAACGGCAAGCUUGUGUAAAAUGAUUCAGCUUCUCUCCACUCCCUUUCUGCUUCUUUUCUGUUUUCCGUCCACAGUUUUUCACCACAAACCUGAGUGUUUGGCAGCCCCAGCCUGAAGUAUCCAACUAUAGAAGCAUUCAUCCACUGGAUGUUUUGCACACCACUCUUAACAUUAUGAAACAUUUAAAUUUGUUUACAUUUUUCAACAUUUGAAUGAGAUGAAAUUAAUAUUUUAGCAUAAACUAACUGUUGCUGUCAGGAGAAUUGCAACAGACGCUUGCACACACUACAGCGAGAUUGGGGAAGGAAGCUGUACACAGGCGGCAGAAAUAAAUAAAAAUAGAUUAUCAGAAACGCUCAACAUCAUUUCAGGGCGUGAUCUAUUUUAGUAUCAAUGUUAUGUGCUAUUUAGAAUGUUAAUUGACUCCCCAGUAAACAUUUAAAUAAUUCAAAAGUUACACUUCCACUCUUGCAAGUGAGAUUUUUAAUACAUUGAAAAGUUUUUUUUUUCACUCGUCUGUCUAGAGGGUUUGAAAAAGCGGUAAAAAGAUAAAAGAAAAAGAAUGGGUUUCAUAGAGCCAUAGUCAUUAAAAGAAUCUGAAAAUAGCAACUCGCUAUCAUCUGUUCUCAUAGCACGGGUCAGGAGCUCUGACACCUCCAAAAUUCCUCCUGUCAGGGUAGGGGGCCAUUUGUAUUCUCUCUCAUUAGGCAAUUUGACUAAUGACCUGCCGUGGCUGCAGCGCUACUGAGGGACCCGAAGCCUCGCGCCCUCUCUCUUGCAGCAGCCUGAACACACACCCUCUAUUGGAAUGGCACAGAUGGCAUGCCCGGGCGACAAAAUAAACUACAAUAUGUCUCCGAGAUGCUGUCAGGCCUGGGCACUAUUUCUCAUGUCAGAGUGGGGCUAAGGGCUGUGAGUGGGCAGAGGGGGUCCUCCUCCAGCUCUCUGUUCAUCGACUCACCAUUAUCUGCAGAGGUGACAGAGCGCGGGGUCUGCAACUAGAAUAGCAUUUCCAUGGUCUGCAUAAAGAAUCCGCCUCAAAUUGAGAGUCACACCGACAGGAAAGGUAUUGCAAUGUCUAGCCUGGCUACACAAAGAGGAGAGGCAACAUCCAAUUGUUUGGAAUAUGAAGUACAGCAGGUUCCAGAUAAAGCCCUAACCUCAUUUUGAGCAGCUUUACUUAUUAUUUCUUAUUAUUUUAUGGUAUUAAACAAUAGAAAUCAGCUCAAUCAUGGGGAAAAAAUCAUAAGAGAUUCUCAUUCGUGCUUGCAGAUUAUUGCCCUGACUGUGACUUCCUCACUUAAUUCAGGUGCAAGACAGAUUCACCCAAGUAAUCAUACUAGACAGAGAUCAAUGCAAUUCUGCUGAAUUAGUGAAGUGUAAAAUAAAAGUUCAUCAACAUUCCCAAAGUGUUAUUCUUGAGUUGUGGUUCAGGUAAUAUGGGGUAUGCUCGAUCACCCACGCAUAUUUUUCCAUCAGUCAGUGUCGGAGCAAAACUCAGUGUGGUAUAUGCGUGCAUGCGUGUGUGUGUGUGUGUAUGUGUGUGUGUAUAUGCCUGUGUAUGGCCGUGUCUGUUAGAACCCUGGAAAUGCAAUGUAUGGCGCUGCUGAAGUCCUGGGUGACAGUGCAUCCAACAAUGGAAGAGUGAGGGAUUAGUGCUCAGCCCAGCGUACGAGGGAGCCCUUCCCGCCCUGAAACAGCCAUUCAUCUGUGCCCAGGGGCUGGAGAUGACAAUGCAGCCAUUGCUCAUCGCACCUGACGGAGCCAUUAAUAAGGCAAUGAUCCACACGGGCCCUGUGCUGACUCCGUUCUUUACACUACAAUCACUCAAGCCACAGGGUCCUCCUUACUUAACGCCACCUCUGAGCCCACCGCCAUCAUCAUCAUCAUCAUCAUCAUCAAAGUCAUUGUACCAAAAUUCCUGCCAGAUGUUUUCAUAUCGACUGUACUCACAUUCUCCAAAUGCCAAAUGACUACCCAAUUCUCUACACAGCAAUACACUCGUGAGUUAAUGGACUGUAGCCUGACCAUUUGAGUGGCUAGAACAUGCUUCAUAGUUGGAUUCCUGGUCAGAAGAUUGGAUUUACAUUAUUUUUACCCUUUGCACCUUCGGGUUUCUGGUAUCCAUUUCUUACCACCAAGUCAUCUCCUGUGCCUCUCCAUUUGUCUGGAUGUAAGAUAGCCUCUCUAGUAUAGAUGGUGGAGGAAUACAAAGCGAGAUCUGGUUUUAAAUGUAAUCUGUGAGCAAUAAAGAAACUCUCUGGCCUUCA